CCUGUAUACCAACCACACCAAAUCACUCUCCAGAUCUAUAUUUCCCACCACCCAUAGUGUGGGAUCGGUAUUAAAAAUCUCUGCAACUGUUACAUUUUCUAUAAAAUCAGGGGUGUGGUUGCGCUAUAUAUAAAAGGACAAUUUCCUUGGUUACCAGACCUUAGUUUUCCCACUAAUCAGCAACAUGUUUGUAAAACUGGCCGUUUUAGCUUGCAGCAUCGCCGUAGCCUCGGCCGUAUACAACGGUCCGUUGGCAGGCGGUCUCCCUGCUCACCAAUUCCCAGCCGGCGUCAGUCCCCAGGCCUGUCCAAACUUCCCCAACUGUGCUAACCCAGCCGUAGCCGCCAACCCCCAACAAGCCGCACCCUGGGGAGCACAGCCCCAAUGGAACGCUCAGCCGCAGAACCACUGGAAUGCGCAGCCUCAGGCACAGUGGAACGCGCAGCCUCAAGGUCAAUGGAAUCAGUGGAACCCUGCCCCGGUACCCCAGUAUGGACACAAUGACCAAGACAGGUUGAACAGGGGAGAGUACAUUGGUGAUGGGGAUUAUCACGGAGAGGGACUUGCAGAGGCGCUUGCACCUGGAUUCGCUGGGCAACAACAAUGGAAUAACGGUGGCCAAAACUGGAAUCACAACCAAGGCAUCCCACCAAAUGCCCACCAGACCCAUGGUGUUGGUCAAAUUCCAGCUGGUGUCAACCCUCAGUCUUGCCCCAACUACCCAUUCUGUGGUUAAAGCCAUCAUCGGAAAGAAAGAUCUUCACUUAGAAACUAAAAUGAGGUUAUAACUAGUCUAUUAUCAGAAGCGGUAUCGAAUAUCUACCAAUCACUGCUAUUGGAGCUCAAAUGAUCUCUUUCUUGUAUAUACUCAUUUGUAUGCUGUAUUUUGUUUGUAGACUAAAAAAAUGGUGCAUAGGCUGCCUUAGUAGUAAACAAAGCUUCUACAUAACUUCCUUUUUUUCGUAAUCAUAUAAUCUAAGCUACACUAAUAUUGCUUUCUUCGUACAUAAAAAAGAGCACUCACAUCAAAAGACAGCUCCUUGAUUUGAGGAGAUCGUGACACUGUGUUUCUUUAAACAAAAGCUGACAAUACAUGACGCUUCUCAUUCUAGGAAGAAAGGAUCUUUAACAUGGGAAUUUGCUUCUUCCUUAUCCGACUGCAAAAAAAUCUUAGUACGGAAGGAUAACAUCUCCAAGUACCCGUGAUUUUUCUCAUAACUUCAAGAGAUUUGUGCUCUUUAAUCCUCAAGAUUUCUCCUUUGUGUGCACCAGUUAUGAAGUUUUAUGAAGUUUCGAAGAUCUUUCUUUCACUAUUUUAAAAACGAGCUAGACAGUCAGCUGACAACAUGUUGUGUUAUGUUUUUUUAAGUAACCGUAGAUACACGUGCCUAUACAACUCUUUACUUCACUAUUUAAUGCAAACGUUAAGUUUGUAAUCAUGAUGAUACCUUGCUGUGUUUCUUUGUGACUUUCCUACACUUCUUAGAUAAUUUUGAGUGGGAGAACAUUUCAUAAAUGUUUAUGGAAAAUGGUAUAAUAUGUACAUAGGGCAGGUAGACGUUUUAUUUUUGUAAGUUGCAUGUUUUUGGAGUUUUGUAUACCUAUCCAUAUUUCAUUGAAUAAAAAAAAGUAUAAACUUG